CAUUUCUCAGCUUGGACCUUCUCACAAGAGAACUGUACAAGCUUCAAACCAAUUAAUAGCAGUAUCAUUUUUUUUUUCCUUCUUUCUCAAUUUCACCCCCCUAAUUUUAUUGACUAAUUACAUUUUACCCCCUAGCAAAAUGCAAUCCCUUACUCCAUCAUCAUCUUCGGGUAUAAAUCUCAAAUCCUUAACCCGAACGAGGAUACCGCCAAUUCGGGUCAACCCGAAUCGCCUCAUUAUCCGAUGCGUCAACCGGUUUGACUCAGUCAACGCCGCCACAAACACCGUUAAAACUAACGUUAACGUUGCUCCGACGAGCUACAACAACUCCGUCGGCUCGAGCCGAGCCGACUGGCAGAGUUCGUGUGCAAUUUUAGCGAGUAAAGUCGUUAACGCUGAGAACAGCAACAACAACAACAACAUCACCGCCGUUAACGGUCAUAAAGCGACAUUGGAACGAGAUCGCAUCGAUCUCGUUCCAAAGCCUUUAACAACAAUCACUGACCUCUCACCAGCGCCAAUGCACGGCGCACAGCUCCGAGUAGCCUAUCAAGGCGUACCAGGAGCAUACAGUGAGGCUGCAGCUGGUAAAGCUUAUCCAAAAUGUGAUGCCAUACCUUGUGAUCAAUUCGAGGUCGCCUUUCAAGCAGUUGAACUCUGGAUAGCUGAUCGUGCAGUUCUACCCGUAGAGAACUCUUUAGGAGGUUCAAUUCACCGUAAUUACGAUCUGCUUCUCCGUCAUCGUCUCCACAUAGUAGGUGAAGUUCAGCUCCCUGUUAAUCACUGUUUACUAGCACUUCCUGGAGUUCGCAAAGAAUAUCUCAACCGUGUUAUAAGUCAUCCACAAGCCUUAGCUCAAUGCGAGCUAACUCUCACAAAGCUCGGCUUAAACGUUACACGUGAGGCAGUCGAUGAUACAGCUGGAGCAGCGGAAUUUAUAGCCGCGAACAAUUUACGCGAUACAGCCGCGAUUGCAUCAGCACGCGCGGCUGAUCUCUACGGUUUACAAAUCUUAUCGGAAGGAAUACAAGACGAUUCUAGUAACGUCACGCGCUUCGUUAUGUUAGCGCGUGAACCGAUAAUUCCACGAACAGAUAGACCUUUUAAAACGAGCAUUGUGUUUGCACACAAUAAAGGAAUGAGUGUGCUAUUCAAAGUGUUAUCUGCAUUUGCCUUUAGGAAUAUCAGUUUAACUAAGAUUGAGUCAAGGCCACAUCGUAACCGUCCGAUCAGAUUGGUUGAUGAUGCGAAUGUAGGAACAGCUAAGCAUUUUGAGUAUAUGUUUUAUGUGGAUUUUGAAGCAUCAAUGGCUGAUGUAAGAGCACAAAAUGCAUUGGCUGAAGUUCAAGAGUUUACGUCGUUUUUAAGGGUUUUGGGAAGUUAUCCUAUGGAUAUGACUCCAUGGUGUCCUUCUCGUGAAGAUUAACUAAUAAGAAAAAAAAAGAUAAUUACGUUUUUUUUUUUUUUUAAAUCUAUUUUGUAAUUACUUUUUCCCUUCUUUGGAAAUAGUAAAGACCAUUUAAAUUAAAUUACAUUGAAUAUGUUUUAUUU